AAGCGCUCGGGCGACGGAUCGGUGGCCGCGGGCAGCCGGCGGGUGGUGACCAUGGAGGGGCUGCCGUCCGGCGGGACGGGCGCCGAGCCUUCGGGGACUGCGGACUCGGAGGAUCCUGCUCCGGAUGGGACGGCCGCGCCAGCCACUCCCGGGGGCGGCAAGUCCAGGCUGGAAACUUUGCCCAAGGAAGAUCUCAUCAAGUUUGCCAAGAAGCAGAUGAUGCUGAUACAGAAAGCCAAGUCCAGGUGUACAGAACUGGAAAAAGAAGUUGAAGAACUCAAAUCAAAACCUACUGCUGGAGGAACUGAUGAUAUUAUUCAGGCAUUGACUGAACGUCUGGAUGCUGUUCUUCUGGAAAAAGCUGAGAGUGAGCAGCAGUGUCUUUCUCUGAAGAAGGAAAAUGUUAAAAUGAAGCAAGAAGUUGAGGAUUCCAUAAGUAAGACUGAAGACAUACAGAAGGAAUUUGAACAGUCGCACAGACACUAUGUGAAAGAAAUUGAAAAUUUGAAAAAUGAAUUGUUGACAGUACAUUCCCAACACAGUGAAGAUAAAGCUAGAUUGCAAAAAGAACUGGAAGAAGCACUGAAGAAACAGUUAGAACUUUCAGAACAACUUCAAGUUCAACAAGACGCUGAAGAUAAUGUUAAGAAACUCCAAGAGGAAAUUCAGAAAAUGAGACCAGCCUUUGAAGAACAAAUUUUAUAUUGGCAGAAGCAGUUAGAAGUUACCACUGAUGAAAAACAGCAAGAAAUUAGUCAUCUCCAAAAAGUCAUUGUGUCUAAUUCCCAAGACUAUCAAAAAGAUGUAACUAGUUUGCAGAAAGAACUUUCCCAGUUAAAAGCGACAUACCAAGAAGAGGUGAAAAAAUUGGCUUGCCAAAUUGAGGCGUCAGCUAAAGAGCAUGAAUUAGAAAUAAGUAGGUUAACCCAGCUAAAUGAAAACUUAGCGAAGCAGUGUGAGGCGAGUGAGGAUAUUAAGGAGAAGUAUGAAUACGAAUUAGAAAACUUAAAGAAAGCUACCUCAAAUGCAAACCAGGAAAAUCAGAUAGAUCCUGUGCUCUUGCAAGAAGAAGUUCUCGUGGAACAGGUAGCAAAUGAAAAAGUCAGACAUUUAGAAGAUACCUUAAAAGAAUUGGAAUCCCAACACAGUAUCUUAAAAGAUGAGAUAACGUAUAUGAACAAUCUUAAGUUAAAACUUGAAAUGGAUGCCCAACAUGUAAAAGAUGAGUUUUUUCAUGAACGGGAAGACUUAGAGUUUAAAAUUAAUGAGCUAUUACUAGCUAAAGAAGAUCAGGGGUGUGUGAUUGAAAAGUUAAAAUCUGAGCUAGAAGACUUAAAUCAACAGUUUUACCAUACCGUGGAACAGCAUGACAAAGAAGUCAAGAGUCUCAAAGAACAACAUCAAAAAGAAAUCUCAGAAUUAAAUGAGACUUUUUUGUCAAGUUCAGAAAAAGAAAAACUCACAUUAAUGUUUGAAAUACAGGGGCUUAAGGAACAGUGUGAAAAGCUACAGCAAGAAAAGCAAGAAGCCUUCUUAAAUUACGAGAGCUUGCGAGAGAUCAUGGAAAUUUUACAAACAGAACUGGGGGAAUCCGCUGGAAAAAUAAGUCAGGAAUUUGAGUCCAUGAAGCAGCAGCAAGCAUCUGACGUUCAUGAGCUUCAACAGAAGCUCAGAACUGCUUUUAAUGAGAAAGAUGCUCUUCUUGAAACUGUGAAUCAUCUCAAAGCAGAAAAUGAGAAGUUACUGUCUCUACAGGAAUUGGUACCCAAACUUGAAAGUACCAUAAAGAGCCUGCAGGAGAAGAAUGAAACGCACUUAAUUAGCCUCAGCCAAAGGGACACCGCGUUACAAGAAUUGGAAGCAAAGGUAUGCUCUCUUACUGAGGAGAAAGAUGAUUUCCUAAGUCAAAUAACAAGUUCUCAUGAAGAGGUGGAUCAUCUCAAGAACAAAUGUGAAAAGGCGGAAAGGCUGGUUGUAGAACUUGAGGAGAAAGUGGGACAAACAACUCGAUCCAACAACGAGUUAGAGCAGAAAGUAAAUGAACUAACAGGAGACCUAGAGGAGACUUUGAAACAAAAGGACCAACAACUAGAAGAGCUAAUGGCUCAGGUUAAAACUCUCUCCGAAAACCAGGCAACGUUGGCCUCGGAAGUGAAGUGUCUUUCGGAUGAAAACAGCAGACUAAGUUCAGAAAAGAACCAGUGGAGUAAGGAUUUGGAAACUCUUCUGUCUCAAAAAGAUUGUAUCCUGAAGGAAAAUAUCAACGAAUUCGAAAAGAAGCUUCAGUUAGCGAUGGAAGAGCGAGACAAUUUAAGCAAAUUGCUUGAAAAAGAACAAGAUUGGAAGUUGUUUGUCAAAACACAGCUGUGUGGUUUUCUGAAACAGUUGGGGUCAAACAUGUCAGAGGAAGAUGAAAAACAAGAUGCUGAAAGUGUCCUACAGACUGUGGGUGAAUCCCUAACAAAAUUAAACGAGGAGAAACAAAACUUAACUUCUCAGUACGAUGAAAGGAUAGCACAGUUAGAAAAAGACAUUAAGUGCCUUCAAGAAGAGAAUGUUGUUCAAUGUGAAGAACUUAAGUCCUUACUAAGAGACCAGGAGCAGGAGAAGAUUGUCUUAAGGAGAGAGUUAGAAGAGACCGUGUCAGAAAAGGAAUCCCUGCGAUCUGAACUUCAAGUGAUAAAAAACACCCAUGAAAAAACAAGCCUUGAAAACCAGAAUCUUGUCAUUCAGCUGGAAGAAUUGUCUCAGAAUUACGCCAAGAGUGAAAUCCGCCAUGAAAAAGACUCUCUCACAGUGGACCAUGAAAACCUGAGGUUGUUACUAGAACAAAAAGAAUCUGAAUUACGAGAUGUGAGAGCAGAACUGAGUUUACUAAAGGAUUCUUUAGAGAAAACACCUGUAAAAGAUGAUCCACAUUCUUCAGUGAAAGAGCUGGAAGAAAAAAUAGGAAAUCUGGAAAAAGAAUCCAAAGAGAAGGAGGAAAAAAUAAGCAAGAUAAAACUAGUUGCUGUGAAGGCAAAGAAAGAACUGGAUUCUAGCAGAAAAGAGGCCCAGAAUCUAAAGGAAGAGCUGGAAUCCCUUCGAGCUGAGAGGGAUCAGUUGUCUGCUUCUGUGAGAGAUCUCAUCCAAGGAGCAGAAAGCUAUAAGAACCUUUUAUUAGAAUAUGACAAGCAGUCCGAGGAGUUGGAUGUGGAAAAAGAACGGACUAAAAAUUUCGAACAGCUUGCAGAAGACCUCACAAAGCAAUUAAGAAAUUCAACUUUUCAGUGUGAAAAACUAAAAUCAGAUAAUGAAGACCUCCUGGCUCGUAUUGAAACACUCCACUCUAAUGCGAAGUUAUUAGAAGCACAGAUAUUGGAAGUCCAGAAGGCCAAAGCAGUGGUAGACAAAGAAUUGGAAGCAGAAAAGCUUCAGAAGGAGCGGAAGAUAAAGGAGCAUACUAGUACUGUGAAUGAACUUGAAGAGCUUCAGCUGCAACUUCAAGCAGAAAAGAAACAACUCCAGAAAACCAUGCAGGAAUUAGAGCUAGUUAAAAAGGAUGCCCAGCAAACCACAUUAAUGAAUAUGGAAAUCGCUGAUUAUGAGCGCUUGAUGAAAGAACUGAAUCAAAAGUUGACAAAUAAAAACAGUGAAAUAGAAGACUUGGAGCAAGAAAUAAAAAUUCAAAAACAGAAGCAAGAAACCUUACAGGAAGAAAUGACUUUACUGCAGACUUCUGUCCAACAAUAUGAAGAACAAAACACCAAAAUCAAGCAAUUGCUGGUGAAAACAAAGAAAGAGCUGGCAGAUUCCAAACAAGCGGAGGCUGAGCACGUACUGCUUGAAGCGUCUCUGAAGGGGGAGCUGGAGGCCAGCCAACAGCAAGUCGAAGUCUAUAAAAUUCAGCUGGCUGAAAUAACGUCGGAGAAACACAAACUCCACGAGCACCUGAGGACGUCCGCAGAGCAGCACCAGCGCACGCUGAGUGCCUACCAGCAGAAAGCGAUGGCACUGGAGGAGGAGAGCCGUACGGCCAAGGCAGAACAGGCCGCUAUAACCUCUGAAUUUGAGAGCUACAAAGUCAGAGUCCAUAAUGUCCUCAAGCAACAGAAAAAUAAAUCCAUGUCUCAGAGUGAGACUGAGGCGGCAAAACAAGAAAGACAACACCUGGAGAUGCUGAUUGACCAGCUAAAAAUUAAAUUACAAGAGAGCCAGAAUAACCUACAGGUCAACAUGUCUGAACUUCAGGCGCUCCAGUCCGAGCAUGAUGCUCUGUUGGAAAGGCAUAACCGGAUGCUGCAGGAAACUGUGUCCAAAGAGGCCGAGCUUCGGGAAAAGUUGUGUUCCGUACAGUCUGAGAAUAUAACGAUGAAAUCUGAACACGCACAGACUGUAAGCCAGCUAACCUCCCAGAACGAGGCCCUUCGCAACAGCUACCGGGAGCAGGUGCGACACUUGCAGGAGGAGCACAGGAAGACCGCCGAGACGUUGCAACAGCAGCUGUCCAAGGUGGAAGCUCAGCUCUUCCAGCUGAAGAGUGAGCCAGCCGCAAGAAGCCCAGCUUCCUCUCAUCAGUCUUUGAAGAACCUUCGAGAAAGGAGAAACACAGACCUCCCACUCCUAGAUAUACACACGACGGCCCGGGAAGAAGGAGAAGGGAUGGAAACCACUGACGCCGAAUCUGUUUCUUCUGCCGGCACGUACACCCAGUCUUUAGAACAGCUGCUGACUUCUCCCGAAACCAAACUUGAGCCUCCUCUAUGGCAUGCAGAAUUUACCAAAGAAGAAUUGGUGCAGAAACUCAGUACCACAACAAAAAGUGCAGAUCAUUUAAACGGCCUGCUUCGGGAAACAGAAGCCACCAAUGCAAUUCUUAUGGAGCAAAUUAAGCUUCUUAAGAGUGAAAUAAGAAGAUUGGAAAGAAAUCAAGAGAGAGAGAAGUCUGUGGCCAACCUGGAAUACUUGAAGAAUGUCUUGCUCCAGUUCAUCUUCCUAAGACCUGGAAGUGAGAGAGAGCGACUGCUCCCUGUCAUAGACACGAUGUUGCAACUCAGUCCUGAAGAGAAGGGCAAGCUUGCGGUCAUUGCUCAAGGGGAGGAAGAAAGCGCUUCCCGUUCUUCUGGCUGGGCCUCCUAUCUGCACAGCUGGUCUGGACUUCGGUAGACUGCUAGAAACAAGAGUUGUUUGUUAACCAAAAAUCCAUCGGGGGAAAAAGGCUUCAUGCAUUUACUGUCGUUCUUCUGUCCGUGUGUAGGUUCACUUCCUUAUAGGUCCUUAUAUGACACAGGUGUACAAAGAAAGAACCUUAGCUUAAAGUGUUGAUACAGCCUAUAGCCACCUGGCCCGGCGCAGCGGAGAGCGCAGCUGAGCGAGCCCCCUGCACGACUUCAGCAUGAAGACACAGAAGCCUGGGGCCGCCCACUCACACCAGUACUGUGAAUUUUAAAGUUGAACUAAAUUUUGGUACCCUAUCAGCUGGAAUUUUUCAGUUUUUUAAAACGAUUCCAAAACUGCUCAUUGCAGCUAGAUUGCAGAAGUUGUUGAGAAGAUUUGGGAAUUAGAAUGUGAAGGAAAUCGUUCUUACAUGGAUCAAGGGAUCAUGAAGUUACAGUUUAGUUAUUUAAGCUACUCUCUGUCUCUCCAAAGCGCAUGAUCUGAGAACUCAGUCUGAAGCCAUUGUGCUGGCCAGGGUGACACCGAGCAGACGGCCCGGCUCUCGGGGCGGGCGAGUUCCUGCUGUCUGCAGCUGCUGAGAGGGCACCACUGCCGUGGGCCUGUUUGGAAAACACUAUCUCUACGCCCAGAUAGCCACAUCUGCACCUCGACUGCCGCCCAGCACGGCGUCUGACGGCAGUGGGCACGUCGGGAUAAGCUGUCAGCAGGAGUCUCAGGGAGAGCAGCGCUGUUUCACGGUCCCCCGGAGCAACCCCAGGGUGAUGUUACCUGCCUCUGAUCGGACUGGAUCAAAACUACGUUCUUCAAAUUUCAGAAUCUGUAAUGUUUAUCGGUUAAUACAUCACCAUGCGGUUUGCCUUCCGACGUUCUUCGCCUUCCGGUUUAUACUGUAAUCUUGAGACUUAGUUGGUUACACAGAAGCACGUGGGUCUCCAGGUGAUCUUCGCUGGAAAUUGCUGCUGACACGGCGAGUUCGUGAACUUCCAGAACUAUCUCCUCUGGCGUUCCUCCAGUUUCAGAAGAACAGCCCUCAACUAGUGAAUGUGGUCAUCAAAGUGCGUCUAUUUCAAAGCUGACUUUACACGUUUCUUUGUUUUUUGUUUCUUUUUUACUUUAUAAACUGUGAAUAUGAGUAUGCCAGCAGCAUACAACUGUAAUAUUUAAAUUUCACUCUCUCUUUGAGCCUAUUGACAUCUGUAUAAACUUGUUUUGAAAUAUACUCUCUAAUUAUAAAUGUAAUAACAUAACUUUUGGCAUGGUAAACAUUAUGACUUUGAUUACAGAAGGCAUAUUCUUUCAUAGCUUCAGCAGGGAGGAUUCUAAUGAUUAUUUUAAUAAAAAUGGUUCACUGUA